GUCAGUCUUAUUUCUAUAAAAUGUGUCUGAGUGUAGCCAGACGAGCUCUCAUUGUGAAAUAUCGCGAGAGUAUGGCUCUGGAGAAGCUUCUCGGGUAGCGCUGCACUGGGCAACCUGAAAAACAGAAACAAAACACGUUAGAACUCUGAGGAAUGUGCACUGAGUUAGCUAGCUUUAUCAGAGACAGACACAUUUGAGAUGUUUUCGUAUCACAGACGUUGUUGAAGACGGUGGACGAAGCUGUUGGACCACAUUUCAUCCAUUUAUGAUUUUGAUUUUAUGCUACACCUACGCUGAAGGAGAACAUGAGAUUCAAGCUCUCUCUGUUAAAGGAACCGAAACAUACAGAACUGGUCAGCUGUGUGGGCUGGACCACAGCUGAUGAACUAUUCUCCUGCAGUGAAGACCAUCAGAUUUUAAAGUGGAAUCUGCUUACGAAUGAGACCGCUGUUGUGGUGAAACUGCAGGACGACAUCUACCCCAUUGACCUGCACUGGUUUCCCAAGACUGUUGGUGGGAAGAAGCAAGCCACGGCAGAGAGCUUUGUGCUUACCAGCACUGAUGGUAAGUUCCAUUUGAUCUCCAAGACUGGGCGCAUCGAAAAGAGUGUGGAGGCUCAUCGCGGAGCUGUGCUGGCGGGCCGAUGGAACUACGAUGGAACUGCUCUAAUCACAGCUGGUGAAGAUGGCCAAAUCAAGAUCUGGUCUAAAAGUGGAAUGCUGAGGUCCACUUUGGCCCAACAAGGAACCCCUGUAUACUCUGUGGCUUGGGGUCCAGACUCUGACAGGAUACUUUACACAUUUGGCCGCCAGCUCAUCAUCAAACCGCUGCAGCCGAGCUCCAAAGUUCUGCAGUGGAAAGCUCAUGAUGGCAUUAUUCUGAAAGUGGACUGGAACUCCAUGAAUGACCUAAUUUUGUCUGGAGGUGAAGAUUGCAAAUACAAGGUCUGGGACAGCUAUGGGCGUUUGCUCUACUCCUCCUCCAGUAAUGACUACCCCAUCACCUCUGUGGCCUGGGCGCCUGAUGGUGAAGUCUUCGCCGUGGGUUCCUUCAACACCCUCCGACUGUGUGACAAGACUGGGUGGUCAUAUGCUCUAGAAAAGCCCAACACAGGCAGUGUGUUCAGUCUGGCCUGGUCUGCUGAUGGAACUCAGCUAGCCGGGGCCUGUGGGAAUGGACACGUCAUCUUCGCUCACAUCGUGGAGCAGCGGUGGGAAUGGAGGAACUUUGAGAUCACUCUCACCAAGAGACGAACCAUGCAGGUGAGGAAUGUUUCCAACGAUGCUGUGGAUAUCCUGGAGUUCAGGGAUCGGGUCAUCAAAGCAUCACUGGCUCAUGGUCAUCUGGUUGUGGCCACCUCUCUCCAAUGCUCCCUCUACAGCACUAAGAACUGGAACACGCCACUGAUCUUUGACCUCAAGGAAGGCACAGUCAGUCUGAUCCUUCAGGCAGAGAGGUAUUUUCUCUUGGUGGAUGGAGGAGGCAUCUACGUAUACUCGUACGAGGGGCGCCUGGUGUCCACUCCAAAAUAUGCUGGCAUGAGGACGGAUAUCCUGAACGCGCAGUCCGUCUCAUUAAGCAACGAUACAAUCGCUGUUCGGGACAAGACCGACGAAAAAGUUGUUUAUCUGUUUGAUGCUCAGACAGGGAAGGCCAUUGGUGAUGGAAAGCCCUUUAGCCACAAGUUGGAGGUGAUGGAAAUAGCUCUUGAUCAGUGCGGGCCCUCUAGUGACAGGAAAAUUGCCUUGAUCGACAAGAACCAUGACCUUUAUUUGACCUCGGUGCGCAGGCUGGGAAGAGAACACAGUGUGCACAAGAUUGGCACUAUGGUUCACACCAUGGCCUGGAAUGAUUCGGCCAACAUCCUCUGUGGAAUCCAAGACACCCAGUUUGCUGUGUGGUACUACCCCAGUGCAGUGUUUGUAGACAAAGACCUGCUGACCAAAACUAUUUUCACCAAGGAUGGCAGUGAGUUCAGCCGCACACCGCACAUCCUCAACUAUGUUGGUGCCCAAGUGUCGGUGAGGCGGGCUGAUGGUUCUCUGGUCUACAGCAGCGUUUCGCCCUACCCUGCUCUGCUGCAUGAGUAUUCUGGUUCCGCCCGCUGGGAGGAUGCUCUCCGCCUUUGCCGCUUUGCCAAGGACCAGACCCUGUGGGCAUGCCUGGCUGGCAUGGCCAUGGCUAACAGGGAGCUCACCACAGCAGAGGUAGCCUACGCAGCCAUUCAAGAGGUGGAUAAGGUCCAAUAUAUCAAUUUUAUAAAGGAUUUGCCCUCUAAAGAAUCCUCUUUGGCCCAUACGCUUCUCUUCAGUGGACAUGUGCAGGAAGCUGAGGCGACGCUACUACAGGCAGGCCUCGUAUACCAGGCCAUUCAGAUCCACAUUAACCUCUACAACUGGGACAGAGCACUGGAACUGGCAGUGAAGCACAAAACCCAUGUGGACACCGUCCUUGCUCACAGACAGAAGUUCCUGCAAGUCUUCAGCAAAAAAGAGACCAACAAAAGAUUCCUGCAGUACUCAGAAGGGGUGGAGGUGGACUGGGAGAAGAUCCAGGCCAAGAUUGAGAUGGAGCUUGCCAAAGAGAGGGAGCGAGCAGCAAACUCGUCCGUCAGGAGCAGCGUGGCCUCUCGCCGCUGAGCACACACACACUUCCCAGGGUCAUUCACCGGACUUCAGCAACUGAUCUGUAGCUAGAAUCCUGAAGCUGGAUUUGUGUGCUGUUGUGAACUGAACUGGACCAGGCUUACACAAACUACACUGUAAAUAUUAAAGCAGGGCUGUCAAAGCUUUCCACGAAGAGCCAGUGUGGCUGCAGGUUUUUAUUAUUAGGUUAUAUUAUAUCAGGUGUGCUGCUUGUUGUUUAGAAUGAAAACCUGCAGCCACUCCAGCCCAAGGAAUAUUCCAAAGUACUUAUGUAUACAUAUUUAUAUACAUAUAUAAAAUAAAAUAAAUACUUUUUGUAUCUGA